AAAUUGAUUUAAAAUGUAGUUGCCGGAAGAAUGGCAGGAGCGCUCUGCUCUGCCUUGUGGGUGCUGUAGUCUUUCUGCCGCCUGUCUGCCCAGGCAGCGUCGGGAAGCAGGACUCCAAGUCCCAUAGCUCCCACCAGAGCCUUUACCGCACAGGCUCGGAGACGGUAUGCUAGGAGGGGGUGACUACAUUGUGUCUAUUGUAUGUUUUUUCCUUUUUUUCCCCCCUGGUAUUUUGUACAUUGCACGGGGGAUUUAAAUCGGGAGUGAAAAGCAUGGCAGAUGAGCAGGAAAUUAUGUGCAAACUCGAGAGCAUCAAGGAGAUCAGGAAUAAGACUUUGCAGAUGGAAAAAAUAAAGGCAAGACUGAAAGCAGAAUUUGAAGCCCUGGAGUCUGAGGAGAGGCACCUGAAAGAAUACAAACAGGAAAUGGACCUGCUGCUGCAGGAGAAGAUGGCCCACGUGGAGGAGCUGCGACUGAUCCACGCUGACAUUAAUGUGAUGGAGAAUACUAUCAAACAGUCUGAGAAUGACCUCAACAAGCUCUUGGAGUCUACUCGUCGCCUGCACGAGGAGUACAAACCCCUGAAGGAGCACGUAGAUGCGCUGCGGAUGACUCUGGGGUUGCAGAGGCUGCCAGAUCUGUGUGAGGAGGAAGAGAAACUGUCACUUGACUACUUUGAAAAGCAGAAGGCAGAAUGGCAGACAGAACCACAGGAGCCUCCCAUCCCAGAGUCUCUGGCUGCAGCUGCAGCAGCUGCCCAACAGCUGCAGGUGGCAAGGAAACAAGAUACCAGGCAGACAGCGACUUUCAGGCAACAGCCACCUCCAAUGAAGGCCUGCUUAUCGUGUCACCAACAAAUCCACCGGAACGCGCCCAUCUGUCCGCUCUGCAAAGCAAAGAGCCGCUCCCGGAAUCCCAAAAAGCCCAAGAGGAAACAGGACGAAUGAGACCCCAGAAGACUGGCAAGCAAACACAUCACCUCUUCCAGUAACUCUUCCAGAAGAGCUGCAAACGUGGCCAGGCUUUACUGAAGUGCAGACUCCAAGUAUGGCAGACCCCGUUGUUUUCUAUUUAAUGCGGUGUAAGCACAAUGUCCCUGUUCUGUCUUAAUUUCCUUCCAGUCCUUAGGAUUUAGUUUUAGGAAAGUCUUACUGGUGCUACAGUUUUAACAUUUCAAUCAUUCCAUCUUUUGGACUCCUAAACAAAGUAGAAUUCUUAUGCAAGCAUCCUGAAUGCCAGGCUGUUCCUCUUGGCCAAACGUGCUCACCACAAACGUUCUUACGUGCUCUCCUUAAAAGCAGGUGUUGCUAAGUGGUUAUUCAGCAUGCUGCUGUUAACAGCAGACUAUCUGAAGUGCUGAAAUAGCAGACUGACUGUUUCACUAAAGGACAAUUUGUUUUCCAAAUAGUAUGACUGCAUAGGUUUGGGUGUCCAGUAGAGCUCUUUUUUAUACAGGAGAUGUUCGUGUUACGAUGAUCUUGAAGGUCUCUUCCAACCUGGUCUAUUCUACUCUACUCUGUUCUAUUCUAUUCUGUUCAGUUCUGUUCUAUUCU